UCUACUGUUUGUCAUUUUACAUAUCUGUAGUUAUACUUUUUAAUUAGCUUACGAUACAUUUAAGAAGUUAAAUUUCCUAAUGGUUAAUUCACUCUUUUAAAUAUUGAAAAUUGUAACCAAAUUUCGACAAUGGCGAAUGAAGACUUUUUAUACCUUGGGAUGUCUCGUUUUUCGGCUCUCAAUACCAAUAAUAAUAAUAAUAAUACAACAGCGCGUCGUAGUUUGGUCUCUUGCUUAAUACAAUUUAACAAUGAUGUUGGUCGGCGCUUACGUACGCGGUGCACUAUAUCUCGAUCUCAUAGAUCAACUUCAAACAGUCCAAUAAAAAAUAAUAUCCAACGAAGGCCGUGUUCUCCUUGGUAUGGGAAUGCUAACUCGCCUCCUCUUUGCAAUUCUCCGACACGUUACCCUACUCGUUUGUAUUCACGAUCUCGGAACGACUUAGGAGAUGGUUUAUCCGACAGCUUUGCACAAGAGCCUACGCAGCCCGAAGCGUACUUCUCAACAAAACCACCAUCGGAACCCGUGCAAGUUAUUAUAGAACCGCGUAUUAUGAACGAUUUAGACUAUAAAUUUAAUUCAUCAACAUCCUAUGAAUCCCGAUGUUUAGAUGAAUUUAAUAUCACUCCAUCCAUGACUAUUGCCGCAGAGAUUCCACCAUCUGAUAACUCGUUGGCGGUAGUUCGUCGCAUAUUAAGUUCGUUGCUAUCGACGCUUCCCCUUGUUGAUCCUCCGUCUGAUGCAUUCACCUACCGCUACAUAUCUCAAUAUUAUGAUAAUAAAUCUAUGGUGCGGUCGGAACCUGAACAGCGCAGCGUAGCUGUACAAGUCGCCCAGUCUUCUAUGACAGUUUCCGUGGGGAAUUGUAGCGACUAUUGGGACCGAAAAGGUAAUAGGCAGAAGAAUGAACUGAGCAAGAAGAGAUGGAUGGGAAGCAUGCGCGCAUUACGUGAAUCUCACCUUCGUUUGAUGAUGCGUCAAAUACGUCAGUUGCGGCAAAUUGAGCGGUUGGACCGUUCGUUGAAACGGGUCUGUUCGGUACGAGUGUCCUGUGAUAACGACCUUACUUAAACUAUUCAGAACCUUAAAAAGCACCCGAUGAACGAUUAAUUUUUUUAAACAAUUUUUACAUGUUUUGUUAAUUGUAUUGUAAUUUAUUGUUGUUAUAUAUUUGUUAAUUAU